AUGUUAAGCAUCAGAAACGACUUCAUUGAGCCAUUCAUGGUGAUCCGCCAGACCCUAGCCCCAUUGAAGCUAUCCAGGUGGCAAUGCACAAAGCUGUUGUUGGGAACCUUUGUUAGAAGCCUGUCCGGAGGUGCAAUCGCUGUCUUGGCAGCAUUGCUCUUGAUCCUGUACCAGCUGUUUAGGUCUCUCAACAGGCGCCUACGUCUGCCUACAGAGUUACCAGUGCUUAAAACAAAUGCCUCACACUUUGAAGAUAUUCUAAAAGAGGCACGAGUGAAGUACCCGAAUUCCCCUGUUCUUGUCAAGAACAACCGUCACGCCUUUGUUAUUUACCCAGGUCAAUGCUUCGACGAACUCAAGCGCCUGCCGGAACACACUGCUUCCGCUAAGGGGUUUUUUCAUGCCGCCAACUAUGGAGACUGGAGCCUUAUCGGUCGCGAGACAAGUACACUUUUGAAGGGCAUCAUGGCGGACCUCACUCGCUCCCUUCCCGCCAGAGUGUUUAGCCGCCAGCAGGACUGUCGAAUGGCUUUUGACUCGACCAUCGGAUACUGUCCUGAGUGGAAGGAAUUCAACCUCCUUUUUACAACAUUUGAUCUCGUCGCGCAGAUUAACGCCUGCUCGUUCGUGGGGAGAGAGCUAGGUUGCAAUCGAAAAUGGGUGCGCGGAGUCAUGAUGUCGCCCAUUAUCAUCCACGUUGCUGUGACUAUGAUGGAUUCGCUACCAAUAUUGUUGAGGCCGCUGUUGGUGCCACUCAUCUUCCUACCCGCGCUCAAGAACCAGUGGGACAUGAAACGCCUGCUGGUUCCCUACUUGAAGGAGGAUAUCAAAACUUUCAACGAGGCUGUGGACAAGAAGGAGCUGCUUAAGCCCAAGUCAGAGGGCAAAAUCCCAUUCACGGCUAUUUUGCUCUCGAGAUACAAGGCAGCCGAGGCAACCAUCAGGCAGUUGGUCGAGGACUAUGUUUUGAUCAGCUUCGACUCGACUCCGUCAACGACUUCGGCACUCUAUCAUGUCAUUUGCGAGCUGGUAAAAAAUCCAGAGGCAGCAGAUAUCCUCCGCAGAGAGCUAAACGAAGUCAUUGUGGAUGGAAAACUACCCUCUUCCCACUUGCAAGAGUUGAAGAGAAUGGACAGCUUUCUCCGCGAGUCUUUUCGAUUACACCCGGUCAGCCUCUUCAGCCUCCAACGCUACCUCGAAAAGCCAGUGAAGCUUUCCGUCGGACCAACCAUUCCAGCUGGCGCAAUCAUCGGCCUUGAUGCCCAAGCCAUCAAUCGCUCCCCCGAGCUGUGGCAGGACCCAGAAAAGUUCGAUAUGGACCGAUUCUACAAUCUGCGCAACCAACCUGGCAACGAGAGCCGAUACCACUUCCUGACCACGGGAUCAGACUCACCCGGGUGGGGAGACGGCACUCAGGCCUGCCCAGGUCGCUUUUUCGCGACAAGCACUAUCAAAAUUGCAUUUGCUCACAUACUCCUCAACUAUGAUAUCGAGUUUAAGGAGGGUAGUCUUCCUAUUAAGAUUACUCCUCUGGCUAAUGGAACCUGGAAGCCUGACGAUACACUCGUUGCCUGUUUUAAGUCAAGGACGUAG